AUGGCAACCACGCACACACCACAUAAAUCUGAUAAUACACACUUUUCUCCCAGCCCGAAUCUCCUGCCCACAACCACAGAAUCUCUGCCCACAACCACAGAAUCUCCGCCCACAACACACAGAACUCCGCCCACAACCACAGAAUCUCCGCCCACAACCACAGAAUCUCCGCCCACAACCACAGAAUCUCCGACCACAACCACAGAAUCUCCGACCACAAUCACAGUCUCCGCCCACCAUUACAGCAUCACCGCCCACAACCACAUAAUCUCCGUCCACCAUGACAGUAUCUCCGCCCACAACUAG